AUGAGGCUGGGGACUUUCCUCCUCCUGGGGCUGCUCAUCCUCGGGGCAGAGCCAGGCACUGCACCAGAGCAGAAAGGCGGGGAGCCCCAGAAGCCGGGGAGGUGCCCACGGGACUUCACGCGUUGCCUGCGCCUGGAGCCCCCGCUCUGCACCAACGACUCGAGCUGCCCUGGCUGGCACAAGUGCUGCCCCCACGAGUGCCGGCUCCGCUGCACCCCCCCGGCAGAAGAGAAACCCGGCGCCUGCCCGGCAGCGGCCCCCGAGGGUCUCCUUUACCCCUGCUCCUUCCCCUGUCUGGAGGACAAGGACUGCCUGGGAGCGCAGAAGUGCUGCCCGCUGGGCUGCGGCCCUGCCUGCCUGGAGCCGGUGCAGGACCAGUCCAAACCUGGGGAGUGCCCUGCGGCACAGCCAGGGCCGGCAGGGCCAUGCCGGGAGCAGUGCCGAGGUGACAGCGACUGCCCCAAUGCACAGAAAUGCUGCAACAGCAGCCCGUCCCAGGGGCACCGCAGCCACCCCGUGCCAUGCCCUGCAGAGAAGGCUGGCUUCUGCCCGGCCCGCGCGGGGCUGUUCCCCAGUUACGACUGUAGAGCCUGGUGCCGGCACGACGCCGAGUGCCCCGGCAAGGAGAAGUGCUGCCUGCGCGGCUGCGACUACAUCUGCCUGCCCCCAUCCCAAGAGAAACCGGGCAUCUGCCCCCUGGCCAAGGAGGUGCCAACCACCGCGGCCCCAUGCGGCGCUGCCUGCGCUGGGGAUUGGCAAUGCCUGGGGGCUGAGAAGUGCUGCGGCAGCAAAUGUGGCCACGUGUGCUUGGCCCCUGAACGAGACAAACCCGGUGAGUGCCCGAAGGUGAGGCCAUGGCAGACGCCGGAGCUGUGCGUGGAGGAGGACUCCUGCACCCACGACAGGGACUGUCCCCGGCAGGAGAAGUGCUGCUUCUCUGGCUGUGCCAUGCACUGCGCCCGCCCUGCCAGAGAGCACCCCGGGGAGUGCCCUCAGGCAGAGCCGUGCUGGGACCCCCGGCGCAGGCACGGGAGCCGGUGCCUGGAUGACAGCGUCUGCCGGCGAGAGGAGAAGUGCUGUGACACCGGUUGCGGCUGGGAGUGCAUGGCCGUGCCCAGAGAGAGCUGGGACAGGGCCGGCGGCCAGUGUGCAGAGGAGUGCAAGGUCGACUCGCAGUGUCCCCGGGGACAGAGGUGCACCAGCACUGGCUGCGGCCGCAGCUGCAUGGACAUCCCCGGAGGCAGAGUGGGAGUGUGCCCCAUCCCCAGCGAGGGGGGAACGUGCCUGGACCUGUGCAGCUUCGACGAAGAGUGUCCCUGGGGCCACAAGUGCUGCAGCAAUGGCUGUGGCCACGUCUGCACACCAGCCUCUCUGCAAGAGAGCAACGCCGCGGUUGUGCCGCAGCACCAUGCCGAGCAGUGCGCAGAGGAGUGUGAGGCCGACUCACAGUGUCCCUGGGGACAGAGGUGCACCCGCAUCAGCUGUGGCCGCGUCUGCACGGACAUCCCUGGAGGCAGAGAGGGAGCGUGCCCCAUUCCCAGGGGCCGUGGGACAUGCCUGGAGCUGUGCAGCCUCGACGAGGAGUGUCCCUGGGGCCACAAGUGCUGCAGCAACGGCUGCGGCCACGUCUGCACACGGGUGCCUGGUGGUAAGGGGGCUCAGGGCCACUGA